GGAGCGCGCCGUGCGGCGCCGGACCGGGCGCGGUACCGGUUACCGGAGGGGCGGCAGGGCUCCUCCGGGCACCGACGGCUCGGCACCGCCCCGUGAGGGGCUGUCGCGGUGGGUCGUCAUGACCGGACCUCGAUCCUCUCUGGACGGUUCACGGCACGCGCAGUCCCGAGUGGGGGCUCUGCUCCCGUUCAGGACAGCGGGUGACGCGAACCGGCCCCGGGAGCGCCGUCCCGGGAGCACCGACCCCCCCUCCCCCGCCGCAGCCGACUACGGAUCCCGGCGUUCCCGGCGCGCAGGCGCAGUGAGCGCGGGGCGCACGCCGGGCCCGGCAUGGCGGAGCCGGAGGCCGCGCAGCCCGGGCGGCCCCCGCCUGGCCCGGGCACGGGAACGGCGGUGGCGGCGGGGGCGAGCGGGGUGACGGCUGGAGGAGCGGGAUCCAGCGACCCGGCACGGCCCGGGCUGAGCCAGCAGCAGCGGGCGAGCCAACGCAAGGCGCAGGUGCGGGGGUUCCCUCGCGGGAAGAAGCUGGAGAAGCUGGGGGUCUUCUCGGCUUGCAAGGCCAACGACGCCUGCAAGUGCAAUGGCUGGAAGAACCCAAACCCCCCCACAGCCCCUCGGAUGGACCUGCAGCAGCCAGUGACCAACCUGAGUGAACCGUGCCGGAGCUGUGGCCACGCGCUGGCGGACCAUGUGUCCCACCUGGAGAACGUCUCGGAGGACGAGAUCAACCGUCUGCUGGGCAUGGUGGUAGAUGUGGAGAACCUCUUCAUGUCAGUGCACAAGGAGGAGGACACGGACACCAAGCAGGUGUAUUUCUACCUGUUCAAGCUGCUGCGGAAGUGCAUCCUGCAGAUGAGCCAGCCUGUGGUCGAGGGCUCCCUGGGGAGCCCCCCCUUUGAGAAACCAAACAUUGAGCAGGGAGUCCUGAAUUUUGUGCAGUACAAGUUCAGCCACUUGCCACCCAAGGAGCGCCAGACCAUGUAUGAGCUCUCCAAGAUGUUCCUGCUGUGCCUCAACUACUGGAAGCUGGAGACGCCGUCCCAGUUCCGUCAGCGCUCCCAGAACGACGAUGUGGCCACCUACAAGGUCAACUACACCAGGUGGCUGUGCUACUGCCACGUGCCGCAGAGCUGUGACAGCCUGCCCCGCUACGAGACCACCCACGUCUUCGGGCGCAGCCUCCUCAAGUCCAUCUUCACGGUGACCCGCCGGCAGCUGCUGGAGAAGUUCCGGGUGGAGAAAGACAAGCUGGUGCCGGAGAAGCGGACACUGAUCCUCACCCACUUCCCCAAGUUCCUCUCCAUGCUGGAGGAGGAGAUCUACGGUGAGAACUCUCCAAUCUGGGAGGCUGAUUUCACGGUGCCAGCUGCGGAGGGUGCCCAGCUGGCGUCUCGCCCAGCUGCAGUCAGCACCGUCGCCGUGCCCACCACUCCUCUCUUCAGCAAGAAGCUCAGCAGCAGCAGCUCAGCCGCCAGCCUGGACGCCAGCACUCCAGAACCCCUGCCAGGGGAGAAGCGGAAGCUACCUGAGAGCCUGACGCUGGAGGAUGCCAAGCGGAUCCGCGUCAUGGGAGACAUCCCCAUGGAGCUGGUGAACGAGGUCAUGCUGACCAUCACGGACCCUGCUGCCAUGCUGGGCCCUGAGACCAGCCUGCUGUCGGCCAACGCGGCGCGGGAUGAGACGGCGCGGCUGGAGGAGCGCCGCGGCAUCAUCGAGUUCCAUGUUAUCGGCAACUCGCUCUCGCAGAAAUCCAACAAGAAGAUCCUGAUGUGGCUGGUGGGGCUGCAGAAUGUCUUCUCGCACCAGCUGCCCCGCAUGCCCAAGGAGUACAUCACUCGCCUCGUUUUUGACCCGAAGCACAAGACCCUGGCGCUGAUCAAGGAUGGCCGAGUGAUCGGGGGCAUCUGCUUCCGCAUGUUCCCUACCCAAGGCUUCACGGAGAUCGUCUUCUGUGCCGUCACCUCCAACGAGCAAGUGAAGGGCUAUGGGACACACCUGAUGAACCACCUGAAGGAGUACCACAUCAAGCACAACAUCCUCUACUUCCUCACCUAUGCGGACGAGUACGCCAUUGGCUACUUCAAAAAGCAGGGCUUUUCCAAGGACAUCAAGGUCCCCAAGAGCCGCUACCUGGGAUACAUCAAGGACUACGAGGGGGCGACCCUGAUGGAGUGUGAGCUGAACCCCCGCAUCCCUUACACUGAGCUUUCACACAUCAUCAAGAAGCAGAAGGAGAUCAUCAAGAAGCUGAUCGAGAGGAAACAGGCGCAGAUCCGCAAAGUCUACCCAGGCCUGACCUGCUUCAAGGAGGGUGUGCGGCAGAUCCCCAUCGAGAGCGUCCCUGGCAUCCGAGAAACAGGAUGGAAACCACUGGGGAAGGAGAAGGGGAAGGAACUGAAGGACCCAGACCAGCUCUACAACAUGCUGAAGAACCUCCUGGCCCAGAUCAAGACCCACCCCAGUGCGUGGCCCUUCAUGGAGCCAGUGAAGAAGUCAGAGGCACCAGACUACUAUGAAAUCAUCCGCUUCCCAAUAGACCUGAAGACCAUGACGGAGCGCCUGAAGAACCGCUACUACGUCACCAAGAAGCUGUUCAUCGCCGACCUGCAGCGCAUCAUCACGAACUGCCGCGAGUACAACCCGCCCGACAGCGACUACUGCAAGUGUGCCAACACCCUCGAGAAGUUCUUCUACUUCAAGCUCAAGGAGGGGGGGCUCAUCGACAAGUAGGGGGGCUGGCUUGGACCUGCUGUGGCCACUGGCCCUCCCAUGGGAGGGACCUGUGGGAUCCAGCCCCACUCUCUCUGUGGGUAGGAGCUGCUGGAGGGAUUGGUGCUGCUGAGCAGCCUGGGGAGCUGGGCCUUCCUUCUUGGGGAACCACAGGGGCUGGGGGGGCUGGUGCUUUUAUCCCUGAGGUGCUCUGGCUGCCUCUCCUAGGGAAUGGGGGUGAGGCUGGAGCUGCCUCAUCAGGAUCUGCCCAGGGCAGAGACAGCACUGAGCUCCUGCCUCUGCCUGGGGAGGGGGAGCCCCCUGACCCCUGUGCGUCCCCCCUACCUGGGAUCGUGCCUUCUGCCCUGGCUCCCUGUGACAGGGCAGGGGCACACAAGUGCUUUGGUUUCUGCUCCGUCCACGUGCAGGCAGCCCCUACCCCUCACACUGAAUGUACGGCGGGGUCAGCCCUGCGGCUGCCCGCAGCGGUGCUGCUCCUGGGCCAGGGUCCUGCUGGGCAGGGGGGCUCUGCCCUGCACCCCCAGUUCCUGCUGCCUCUGUCAGCUCUUCCCCCGGGGCAGGUCUGCCUUCCCUGCCUGUACAUCCUCCCUGCCUGCCCCUGCUGCCAGCUGGGGGGGUGGGGGGCUGCCAGCCCCAGUCCUGCCCCUCCGGGUGCCAGGGAGGGUGGCUGCCCGGUGCUGUGCUGGCUUCUGUUCCCCCUGCUCCGCUCCAGCUGGCAGACACCUCUGCUUGUCUCCCUCCUUGCUCCCCCCUCCUUGUGCCCCCCACCCCUUUCCCUGCCCCCCACUCGCCCCCAUUCCACUUGACUGGUGUUUCGUUGGUUUGUUUGGUUUUUUUUUUUUUUUUUAAUAAAUGUCUUUGUGCAGCCCCAGCUCCAUCCGUGGGGCUCACCCCAGCGUGGUGGGCAGGUGGACAACCUGG